AUGGGACUUCCAACUCUGGAAUUCAGCGACUCUUUUCUGGACAGCCCUGAUUUCAGAGACCGUCUGAAAUGUCACGAAAUCGAGUUGGACCGUACAAACUCUUUCAUAAAGGAGCUCAUCAAAGAUGGAAACAUGCUUAUCAGUGCGCUGAAAAACCUUUCUGCAGCUGUACAGAAGUUUUCACAGUCCCUUCAGGAUUUCCAGUUUGAGUGCAUCGGUGACGCAGAAACUGAUGAUGAGAUUAACAUUGCUCAGUCAUUAAAGGAAUUCUCUCAGCUAUUAAACACAGUUGAGGAGGAGAGACGACGACUUAUACAAAAUGCUGAUGACGUCUUGAUCACGCCACUGGAGAAGUUUCGCAAGGAACAAAUUGGAGCUGCCAAAGAAGGAAAGAAGAAAUUUGACAAAGAAGCAGAGAAAUAUUAUACCGUUCUGGAAAAACACCUGAAUUUGUCCUCUAAAAAGAAGGAGUCAUUUUUACACGAGGCAGAUGCCCAGAUCAGUAAGGAGAGGCAGAUUUUUUGUGAUGCCUCUCUGGAAUAUGUCUUCAAAAUUCAAGAAGUGCAGGAGAGAAAGAAAUUUGAGUUUGUUGAACCGCUCCUGGCAUUCCUUCAGGGUCUGUUCACAUUCUACCAUGAAGGUUAUGAACUGGCACAUGAGUUUGAGCCAUACAAGCAGCAACUGCAGUUCAACCUACAAAAUACAAGGAAUAACUUUGAGAGCACUAGGCAGGAAGUAGAGAAUCUGAUGAAGAGGAUAAAGUCAGCAGAGCAGGACUUCAAAGCCCCGGGACAGUGGACAAUGGAGGGUUUUCUUUAUGUGCAGGAGAAGAGACCCCUUGGAUUCACGUGGAGCCGACACUACUGCUCAUAUGAAAAAGAGACCAAAAUGUUCACCAUGAGCAACUCAGAGAUCAAAUCUGGAGGCAAACAGAACGGACUGGUGAUGAGUCCACCUGAGAUGUUCAAGCUCCAGUCCUGCAUCAGGAGGAGGACAGAUUCCAUCGACAAACGCUUCUGCUUUGAUAUUGAAGUGAUGGAAAGAAAUAACACAUGUCAAGGGAUUCUAUUCAGUUCUCUUCAGUGUUUCUAUAAAGUCCGCCGACAUGGCAUCAUCACCCUGCAGGCUUUGUCUGAAUCCAAUAGGCGUUUGUGGAUGGAGGCCAUGGAUGGAAAAGAGCCGAUUUAUACUCUGCCAGCACUUCUUAGCAAGAAAGAAGAAACAUUCCUAAAUGAGGCCGGGUUUAACUUUGUGAGGAAGUGUAUUCACCUUGUGGAGACAAGAGGUAUCCAAACUUUGGGCCUGUACAGAAUAGGAGGAGUUAAUUCUAAAGUGCAGAGACUUAUGACUUCAGUGUUUGCUGCCAAAGCUCCUGCAGAUAUGGACCUCGACCCAGACACUUGGGAUAACAAGACUAUCACUAGUGGACUAAAGAAUUACCUCAGGUGUCUGGCUGAACCCCUCCUAACCUACAGACUUCACAAAGACUUCAUCAUGGCAGUCAAGUCAGAUGAUCAGAACUACAGGGUACGUGCCGUCCAUGCUCUUGUGCACAAACUACCUGAGAAGAACAAAGAGAUGCUGGACAUCCUGAUCAAACAUCUGUUUGUGGUUUCCACACACAGCCAGAAGAAUCUAAUGACAGUAUCUAAUCUUGGAGUGAUCUUUGGACCUACACUCAUGCGCUCUCAGGAGGAGACAGUGGCUGCCAUGAUGAACAUAAAGUUUCAAAACAUUGUGGUGGAGAUCCUCAUAGAGAAUUAUGAGAAGAUCUUUCACCAGUCUCCAGAUCCUAACGUGCCUCUGCCUCAGUCUCAGCCUCAGUCUCAGUCUCGCUCUAGCUCACACCGCAGCAACGCCAUCUGCCUUUCGUCAGGACCGCGCAAGUCCAGAGGCCUGUACCCACCUGCUCUGUGCCUGGCCGACGCUGACAGUGACACAUUCAGCAGCAGUCCCAGCAGCACACCAAUGGGAAGUAUGGAGUCUCUGUCAUCUCACUCUUCUGAGCGGAACAGCUGCUCCAAGGCAACCUCUCCAUCUCGCUCCAAACACAAAGCCUCAAGCAGCCUGUGCUGGACCACUCCUUCCCCCUCCUCCAAUGGCCCCAAGAGCCCACCUGGCACCACCAGUCCUGAUUCCAGCUCCAAAGAGGAUGCAGCUAAGACAGACGGGGAGUGGGAGGAGGCUCUCAGUAGUCUCCCAACAGGGCAGGUUUCUCCAGCUCCAGAGCUGCUUGACAAAGCAGAGGAUCAGAGCCCAGAGGAGCGGGAAGCAGGACGCCUCAGCAUGUCCACCUGCUCCUCCCUCACGUCCCUCCACAUCUCUGAGGGUUUCAGGAGCUGUCACGGUUCUGUCCAGAGUUUGGUUUCACGUGGUAACAGAGACAGUCUAAAGUCACUGCCAUUACCAGAUCUUCCUCCAAAAGAGACAGGCAGAUGCAGACUGGACUCAUCAGUCAGCAAUGGAUACCAGAGGCCUGGAUCUGUAGUGGCCUCCAGAGCAGCUCUCUUUGAAAGUCCUGUGGUCUCCCAGCCGGCUCCUGCUGGAAGGGAAGCCAAGGCUAUCUAUUCCUGCCAAGCAGAGCAUAGUCAUGAGCUCAGCUUCCCUAAAGGGGCACUCUUCUACAAUGUGCACCCCUCGGUGGAGCCUGGGUGGCUGCAAGCAACAUAUAAUGGCAGAACUGGCCUCAUCCCAGAGAAUUACGUGGUGUUCCUCUAAUACGGCCUGGAAGCAGAUACACAAGUCCAUGGUAUCCAUGGUGUUCAUUUCUCCAAAAAGAGACAGUUUUUAUACGUUCAUGACAUACACUAUGUGAAUAGUUUGAAUACAGUUCAAAAAUGGCUGUAACCACACUAUCAACAGUAGAGUAUAUAUGGUCCAUAGUAACUCAAGAUGUAGAUAUUAGAAAGUUUCUAAACAAAUUAAUAUUUUUUGUUUCUUGUUGACAUGCGGUUGGCUCUAUAAAUUCUAAAGUAUUUUAUUUAUAGGUGGCUAAUAAUGCAGAGUGGCGGCUAAUAAUUCAGACUGGCUCUGACAUUGAACCAAUAAUGCGACAACCACAGACAUAUUAUAAGGCCUGUGCUUCUCGUGUUAUUGUUCUAUCUCUGUGAAAGAACCUUUCAGUUAACACACUGAUUAAUGUUUUGGUACUGUCGUCAAUGGACAAUAUGAGCUCUGUAUAUUGAAAAGAAGUGACUUAAUACUAUAGGCUGAUCGUUUUAUUCAGUUCCCAUGUAACUUGUCAGAGCCCAUACAAGAAUCUAUUCAUUACAUAUGGCCUUUGCUGGGGUUAGAGGUCAGUCAGUGUUUUAUGUAAACAGUGUUACUCCUUUAAACAGAUUUUCAGAACAGGUAGAGUGAGUGUUCCACUUUUCUUUUUUCUUUGUCACCCUAAAAGAAAACAUUUCAGUCGCAGUGAAUUUUAUACAACAGAUGCUGGUCAUCAUUUGUUGGGUCAUAUUUGAACUUGUGUUUGUUAAGUAUUAAGGCUAACCCAAGCCUUAAUCAAUCAGUCUAUCUCUAUCAAAUCCUUUGAGAAUGAUCAUCUACAGCAGGGGGAUUCAGUUUUUAUGCCUGGAGAGCCGGAGUCCAGUAUAAUUCGUUGUUCGCCCUGCUCUAAUACACAUGAGUCAACUGAUCAGGUCAUUACCAGGUUUAGUGGGUGUUCCUGUAAAGAGAAAUCAGCAAACUGCUGGAAUCUGGUCAUCCAGGACCACAGCUGAUGAACACUGGUGUUGACUUUAUUGGAUUAACCGUGAAGUGAAAGUGCCCUGCUGCUUAAGUAUUAACUGCAAGUUCUACUUAUUAUUUUUAUGCAUUUUUAAGUAUUUUCACAUCUCAUUGUUUCUUUCUUACAUUUCAGAAAGAGCUCAUAGUUAUGCCUUUGAAGUCUGCAGUGUCCUCUGAUUUUGAAUUUCUCAGUGUAGUCCAGUAUUUGCAUUUUUUUUUCAAGACAAAUGUGAUGUCUAUUUUGUUUUUGGGGAUAUUUAAUAUAAUGCAGCGUCCCUUUAUGAUGAGGUACAAAUGAGAAAAGUUCAAAAUGUAUGUGGUCAGUCAUGUAUGUGUCCUGAAAUGUGUUAUUUUAUGCUCACUGAAAUGGCACUUACUCCAGUAAUGGUUCUACUGUAUUUCAUUUCACACUGGUUUACCAUUUCCAUGCAUUUCGAUUGACAAGGGUACAAGGUGGGAAACGCCCCCUUUUUGGAAAUAAAAUUGUACCAUAUAUAUAUUUUAUUAUAUGACAAAGUAUAUUUUAAAGAGAAGGAUGCAUCUUACCCCCAUAACACAAAAUGACAAGUGUCUCAAAAUGAAAUGUUUAGCUGUUUUCAAGAAUGUUACCUAGACAAUUUAAAAUAUUCCAGUCCCCCAAAGUUACACACACACAUCUUCUAAACCGCUUCUCCUUCUGGGUCGUGGGGGUGCUGGAGCCUAUCCCAGUGGUCAUUGGGCAGAAGUUCAGGAUACACCCUGGAUAGGUCGCCAGUCCAUCG